UUAAAAGAUUUAAAACAUGAAUGUACCCGGAUACAACUUCAACGUCGUCCAGGAUGUCGCCCUCACCGUCUGCAAAUUCAUCUCUCGCCACAAUAAAUGAGCUCAUCGCCGGGAGCGUAGGAGGAGCUGCUCAAGUCCUGGUCGGUCAACCUCUCGACACGAUAAAAACUCGCGCACAAAUUGCUCCGAAGGGCAUGUUUGUAAGUUCAGAGCGUACGAAUACGCAGAAUCGAGACCAAUUUGAUUUAUCGCGCCUUCAUAGAAAGGUCCUAUGGACAUUUUAACACAGACGAUAAGAAAAGAGGGAUUCUUUGCGUUGUACAAAGGUAUGGCUAGCCCGUUGAUCGGGAUAGCAGGUGUAAACUCCCUACUUUUCGCCUCGUACGGUGUUUCAAAACGCAUUAUAUCGCCUUUUCCACAACUUACCCUUCCGGAGACCGCACUCGCAGGCUCUAUGGCAGGAGCGGCCAAUGCCAUACUGGCCAGUCCAGUUGAGAUGUUCAAAGUCCGGAUGCAAGGACAGUAUGGAGAUGCCUCAGACAAACGGCUGAGAACAGUAGCUCGGGAGAUGUGGUCACAAUGGGGUUUCCGGAAAGGUGUCAUGCGAGGUUACUGGGUAACCGUGCUUAGGGAAAUACCAGCUUAUGCAGGAUUUUACACUGGUAUCGAUUGUUCUUGUUUCAAAGGGGCAAAAUGUGAAGAUUCUUUUCAGCUUACGAAAUCUCCAAACGCAAGUUCGCAGCGGUGUACGGGAAAGAUAUCCCAGUAUGGGCUCUUCUUGCGAGUGGAUCUACCGGCGGAAUUGCUUACUGGUUAUCAUGUUAUCCUCUGGAUGUGAUCAAAUCUCGUGUACAACUUCGCGCGACGCCCCCCACUGGAACGCCUGUUCAAUAUAUAGCACAUGAGGUGAAGCUCAUAUUGGCUGAAUCUGGAGUGAGAGGCUUGUUCAGUGGACUGUCGCCUUCAU